AUGUCUCCGGAAUAUGCUAUGGAAGGAAUUUUUUCUACAAAGUCAGAUGUGUACAGCUUUGGAGUGUUGUUGCUUGAAAUAGUUUGUGGACGAAAAAACACUAGCUUUUAUGAUGAUGAACACCCAAUAAAUCUAAUUGGACAUGUAUGGGAAUUAUGGAAAGAUGGAAAGUGUUUUGAAUCAGUGGAUCCCUCAUUAGAGGAAGUAUUUGAUUGUGAUGAAGUGCAGAGGUGUAUUCAUGUUGGUCUCCUAUGUGUUGAACAAUAUGCAAAUGAUAGACCAACAAUGUCUGACGUUAUAUCAAUGUUGACAAAUAAGAGUGAAAUAGUGUCUUUACCUAAAAGACCAGCAUUCUAUGUUCAAAGAGAGAUGCUUAACCAAAAUUUAUCUUCUCCGGGGCUGUGUACUGCUUCUACGUGGAGUUCUAAGACUUCUCCCGUUUUCCGUUUUGACGAGGGCCGCGUUGAGGCAGCGUACUACGGCCCCUCCAGAGCCGUGCCGAGGUGA